UUCCCGAGCCGAUUAGCAAUUGCAGAAAAACAGUUUUUUCAAUUUAUAAUUAGUCAAGAUUCUGUGCUCGCAUAACAUUUUGUUUAAAUCAUAUCCUACUAAACAUGGACAAGAGGAGACGUUACCGUCACGCAAAGCCAGUAAUUGUACAAUUGAAAUGUUUGCACGGAAAUGAUGACAAUGGACAAUGUCAAACAUCUUCGCAAUUCAGUGGAAAUCUCCCAUCAGAUAGACACUUGAUGGCGAAUGUGAAAAAUUAUAUUGGAAAUGGAGUUCUAUUGCUUGAUAUUGAAGAAAGUGAUUUGCAAAAGGUUAUAAUUAGGGUGGCAGAACAGAUGGUGUCUGAUAGAGUCAUAGAAAAGUUCGACAUAAAAACGGUAUCCAAUGUAUUUCUAUUAAUGGAGCAUCCAACUUUAAAGGAAACGACUUUGUUAGAGAAACUCAAACCUAAUGGCAUUCACUGUAAGGACACCGAAAUAAUCGACAUUCAGAAACUUACAUGCAGUAAUGGCAACUACAUCAAAAACCUCCAAAUAGAAUCUAGCCAGCAGUCACAAGAAUCUGGUCUUGUUGUGGUGGCUAAUGCUGACUUUAUCCUAAAACCAACAAUAUCAUUUGUUCGGCUCGAGAACCCAGUAUGCUUUCCACAAACACUAAAUUUCGAUUUGCCAGUCCGAUUUCUGUUUGUUUUAUUGGUACCAGCGACACAAAACAAUCCUACGUACUUAGAUGUGGGAAAUAGUUUGUGGACAGUAUUAUUUGAAGAUGAAUUGCUGCCGUAUAGCGUCAAAACGAAAGACGAACUAAUCACAGGAAUUGAGAAAAUUUGGGAAAAUAACCAACCUAAGCAGAAGGAAAUUAAUUAUGAAGAUGAGGAGCACAGUAAUUUACUUCGUAGAAAAAAUUUCGAGCAAAAAAUUACUUCGUUUAACCCUUUGCUAAAAACGAAUCGACUAUGGGGUGGACUUAUUAACGAUAUUUCUCGCCGUCUACCUCACUACAAGUCUGAUUAUUGUGAUGGACUAAAUCGACAAGUGAUUGCGGCUUCAAUAUUUCUUUACUUUGGAGUACUUUCGACUGCCAUCACAUUCGGCGGUUUAAUGUCCGGCAAAACGAACAAUUUAAUGGGAAUAUCGGAAACAUUGCUAGCAACAUCGAUAAUGGGAAUUGUUUUUCAUAUAGUCUCAGCGCAGCCAUUGGUGAUAGUCGGUGGGACUGGUCCAUUGUUACUUUUCGACGAAGCUCUGUUCCAGUUGUGUCAGUUCUACGAUAUCGACUUCUUGACGAUUCGCAUUUAUAUUGGAAUUUGGCUGGGAUUGAUUGCUGUGACUAUAGCAGCAUUUGAUGGUUGUGUUUAUUUAAAAUUGCUGACUCGCUUUACGCAGGAAUUGUUUGCAUCGCUGAUCUCUUUGAUAUUUAUUAUGGAAGCGGUCUUUAAAGUCAUUGAUGUAUUCGAAGUUCAUCCGAUUUCAGUUGAAACUAAUGACACUAAUUCUUCAUCGGAAUCAUAUUCUAAUGAGUCAGGCGAUGUCAUAAGUGAAACAAUUGGUUCGAAGGAUAUUCAUGAACCAAAUACUGCCUUAUUCUGCGCCAUAUUAUCGAUAGGAACAUUUGUGUUAGCCUACUGUCUAAGAGCCUUCCGGAAUUCGCAUUUCCUUGGACGGAGUAUACGCCGGGCAAUAGGAGACUUUGGUGUGCCCAUUUCAAUAUCAGUUUUCGUCUAUUUAUCCUAUUUGGUGCCACAAAUCUACACCGAAAAAUUAAUCGUCCCGGAGGGUUUAUCACCAACAGAUCCAAACGCUAGAUCAUGGGUUAUUCCUUUCAAUGCUCUUCCUAUAUGGGUACCGUUCAUUUCUGUAUUGGCAGCGUUGUUAGUCUACGUUCUGAUAUUCAUGGAGACUCAAAUUUCCGAAUUGAUACUCGAUUCCCGAGGAUUGAAAAAAGGAUCUGGCUUCCAUGUGGACAUUGUGAUAAUUUGUCUGGUGAAUGUGGUGUUUGGAUUUUUAGGAAUGCCAUGGCAGUCGGGUGCCACAAUCAGGUCUGUUACGCAUGUGUCGGCUGUAACAACAAUGUCAGAACGAUCGAAAGAAAGUGGCGUACCGCAGCAAUUAAUUGUGAAAGAGCAACGUGUUUCCGGCUUGAUAAUUUCUAUCUGCAUCGGAUUAUCUGUUAUUAUGGCACCGAUUCUGCGAAAUAUUCCUGUUUCGAUACUGUACGGAGUCUUCUUUUAUAUGGGAAUCGUUUCGAUUAGUGGAGUACAAUUCUUGCAUAGAGUACGACUUCUAUUUACGCCAACUAAGUAUCAUGGUUCCGAAGCGUAUGUUCAGCGAGUACCUACAUGGAAGAUGCAUAUCUUUACAUGUGUUCAGGUUCUUGCUUUAUGUGCUCUGUGGAUUGUGAAGUCGUCUAGAUUUUCUCUAGCUCUGCCAUUCGUUUUACUUUUGAUGGUUCCUCUAAAGCAGAAACUAGCAACUUACUAUACUGUAACUGAAAUGGAUGUGCUCGAUGGAAAUUUACCAGACGUGGAUAUUAAAGAUGAACCUGAUUUUUACGAACAGUCACAUUUACCGGCGUGAUUUGUAUAUAUUAUUCAAAGUAGAAAAUAAAUAUGUUUUGAUAAGAGAA